AUAGACUACUGCCGGCUUUCAAUGGCAUGCGUGCACGACGGUCGACAGGUGUGCGCCACAACGCCCGGCGGCUGCUCACGUCGCUCCUUCCUCGACCAAUGUGACAUGUAUGAAUAUAACUGCGACUUUGGCACAGGUUUUGACUUGAUUUGCGACACAACCAAUGAAACAUCUACUGCAACGACUUGUGUAACUAAUUCAGAAUCAUCUACGCAAGAAUGUACGCCAACUUGUGACGUGACUACGCAAUCCUUAACACCACUGACAAGUACACAGCAAUCAGAAGGCGACACAAUACAAUCCAAUAAAAUUAAUGACUUAAAUAAUAAAAAGCCAGUGAACACUGAGUUGUCAAACACACCAGACCCUGAAGAAACAAAGUCGACUAUUGAUCCAGAACGCUCCGACGACGAAAAACCAACAACUGGUAAUCUAAACUAUGAAAUAAAUGAAGCUAGAGACAAAGCAGAAAAGCUUAUGGACGAUCCCGAUAACGAUGAAAUACGUAAAGAUCCGGGUUCCGCGCCAAGGUCUGAAAUUGACGACGAUCCCGAAUAUCGAGGAAAGGAAGAGACUACAGGUAAUGAUGAUCAGUUUGUUGGUCAAGAUUCUUCAAGAUCAGAAGGAUCAGAAACAGAAGUUGUAAUAAAAUCUAAUGAUGAGUCGGGUUCCAAAGAAUUAGAAAAUAUAAUAACGAAACAACCAACGGUUGAUAACCUGGCGGAGGUUACCAAAUCACUAGAGUUUCCGAAAUCACUAGAGGUUUCCAAAUCACUAGACGUUGACGACGGUGAUACAACGAAUAAUAAGUUGGUAGUUGAUGACAAUACACCAAUGCCAGAUAUUAGGCCAUUUAUACAGCCAGAUGGAGAGUUGAAUCCAUAUGAAGGACUGUGUGAUGGAACACGUUGUCAAAGACCGUACACCUGGUACACGACGCUAAUAACACAUUCAAAUAUGGUAGAAACCGCGCCUCCACCAAAAUUAGAUCUAAAUAACGUUGCACAAGACCUUAAGGAAACUAUAGACUUAACACGCCGUGGACGUGCUCUCAAAAAGAGAAGGACCAGACAUAACUUUCGUCGUCACCACAAAAAUCGUCCAAAUACUGCAAAACAAAAACGACGGAAUUCGCAAAAGCCAUCCUCAAGGCUACGCAAACCAAGGAAUCAAAAAACCAUGAAACGCAAGAGAAUCACCAAAAGCAAUAAAACACAAAAAUCAAGAAAAAAAAAGAAAAAUGCGUAAAGACUC